UAUAAAAACUCUGAACGCUUUAUUAACCUAUAACUUCUAUAAUAUAACUAGAUAUAUCAUAUAACGAAUAUAACAGUGAUUAAAGCUCAUGGCUGGUCAGUCUGAGCAGAUGUAUUAACAAUUUCUCACAGCGAUUUACUCGGACGCUUAAAACUACAUUUUAAAUCUUAAUUUGGACUCCAUCGCUUUUGAUGAAGACCAGAUGUUGUGCUGUCGACAUAUAAGUGUCCUCUCAAAGUCUUCUAUGAGUUAAAGACGUUCCCUUGGUCUCUUCAUGGUUUACGCACGUCAGAGACGAAACGUUGAAGCGCACGCGUGUGCGCGUUCACGCGAGCGGCUGUGCCGGGGCGCACAAACGCGUUUGCAGACAUCGUCGUUUCUAGCGGAAAUGAGUCGUCUAAUAGUUCUUCUCUGUGUGUGUUUGCGGCAUUUAGACAGUGUGUUUGGUGCUGUUCAAAUAAACACAUUAAUAUCAGUGACGGAGGGAGAUUCUGUCACUCUACACACUCAUAUUACUGAACUACACACAGAUGAAGGAACUGAGUGGACAUUUGGUGUUGAGAGUCCAGAUGAGAUCAUAGCUACAAUAUACAAAGACAAUAUUAAACCAUUUAUUAAUGAGAGAUUGAAGAAUCAUGUAGAGAUAGAUGCUCAGACUGGAUCUCUCAUCAUCACAAACAUCACAACUCAACACACUGGACGCUAUCAAGUAACCUUCACCAGAAAUGCAAAGCUAGAUAAAGUCAUAUUCAGAGUUAUCGUCUAUGCUCGUCUGUCUGUUCCCGUCAUCUCCAGAGUCUCUUCUCAAUGUUCUUCAUCAUCUUCAUCAUCAUGUUGUUGUGUGUUGUGUUCAGUGGUGAAUGUGUCACAUGAUGUGAGCGUCUCCUGGUACAAAGGAAAGAGUUUAUUGUCCAGCAUCAGUGUGUCUGAUCUCAACAUCAGACUCUCUCUACCUCUGAAGGUGGAAUAUCAGGACACAAACACAUACAGAUGUGUGGUCAACAAUCCCAUCACAAACCACACACAACAUCUACACAUCACUCAACUCUGUCACACGUCUGAAGUUGUUGUUCACACUUGUGGUUUCAUUGAAACUGUGAUCCGAUUGGUCGUCUCUGCUGUAGUGGGCGUGGCUACUGUUGCUGUUCUGGUUUAUGACAUCCAGACGAGAAUCACCAUCAACCUCUGAUGAAUCAGAAUGCAAAUAAAUCUCUAAAAUCCCCCAAACAAUAAAUGAACUAUGUUGCUCUUUCAUCAAGAAUGUUAAAUAUUGUGGCACUAAUAAGGUCAGAGGUGGGUAGAGUAGCCAAAAUCAUUACUCAAGUAAAAGUACAAGUAACUAGAGAAAUUGUUACUCAAGUAAAAGUAAAAGUCACUAUUUUAAAAAUUACUUGAGUAAAAGUAAAAAAGUAUGCAAUGAAACAACUACUCAAGUAGCUAGUUACUUAGUUACUUUGUAUCUGAUUAUAUAGGCCUACUACAUAAAAUUAAUAUUAACGCCAAUAUUUUAAUAUUACAUUUUAAUCAAUAUUUUUAAUUAUCAUAAGCAGAUAUCUUUGCAAUAUACUAGAGAGACUAAAGAAUAGACAAACACAGAAGAGACGAGCAUUUCUGUAAAUUUCAUCUAGUCCUGAUGUCAAUGUAGUUGACACAACUUAUUUAGAAUAAUAGAGCAUGUCAAACUAAAGCAUUAACUAAACUCAGAGCAUUUCCUAAGAUGAUCUAGAACAUCUGCAGUGCUCUCUUCAAUGAAAUACACAUUUUUGAUCAAAGCUCAUGUUUUCUCGUGUUGUGUCACGUGUGUGUUG